AUGAUGUCGCCCGAUAUUUACGAGUUGGAGCGGCAGCGCAUUUUUGAUCGUUGCUGGCUUUUCCUGGGGCACGAGUCUGAAGUGCCGAACCCGGGAGACUACGCACGUCGAGUCGUGGCCGAACGGCCUCUGUUCUUCGCCCGCAGCCGCGAAGGGGAACUGAAGGUGUUCCACAACACGUGCCCCCAUCGCGGCGCCCUCAUCUGCCGCACGGACCACGGCAAUGCCCAGGUGCUCCAGUGCUUCUACCACGCCUGGAGUUUCAACACCUCCGGCGAGUUGGUCGGUAUGCCGGAUAUCGAGGGUUACGGACCCGAUUUCGACCGCGCGGAUUUCGGCCUUCGCUCCCCUCGCUACGAGAGUUACCAGGGUUUCAUCUUUGUCUGCUUCGACCCGGAGGCGGUAUCCCUCCGCGAAUACCUGGCCGGCGCCGCCGAAUACCUCGAUCUGGUGGCCGACCAGGCUCCCGAUGGUAUGAAGGUCAUCCCCGGCUCCAACCGCUACACCAUCAAGGCCAACUGGAAGCUGCUCGCCGAGAACAGCAUCGACGGCUACCAUGCGCUGCCCACUCACCAGACCUACUUCGAUUACAUGGCCAACGAGGCGGGAAACGACAUACCUGCGAUCAAUCGCCGCCGCGGCUUCGGGCGCUCUCUCGGCAAUGGCCACGGCGUGAUGGAAAACGACGCGAUUUACGGGCGCCCCAUCGCCAUGUGGCAUCCCUACUUCGGCGAGGAAGCACGCGCUGAAAUCCAGGGCAUCAAGGACGAUUUGAUCGCUCGCCAUGGAAGCGCCAAGGCUCUCCGGAUGUGCGAAAAGAGCCGCAACAUGGUGAUCUUCCCCAACCUGGUCAUCAACGACAUCAUGGCCGUCACCAUCCGGGUGUUCCAGCCCACCGGCCCGGACAGCAUGGACGUGACCGCAUGGCAGAUGGUGCCGGCCGGUGAGACCGGCUCCCGGUUGAACCGCCGAUUGGACUCCUUCCUCACCUUCCUGGGACCGGGUGGAUUUGCCACUCCGGACGACACCGAAGCUCUGGAAUCGUGCCAGCAGGGUUUCCGUUCCGGCGGCGUGGAAUGGUCCGAUUUGUCGCGCGGUUUCCAUCGGGACCCGCGCGGCAAUGACGAACUCCAGAUACGCUCCUUCUGGCGCCGGUGGCAGUCCCUUGUCGCCGACCGCCCCCACGUCGAGCAAUACGAGCGUGGCCUGACGCCCGGCGAAAUCCCCGACGUCCAGCCAUCCCCCGAGCUGACCGUCGCCGCCGACGAUUAG